CCCCCUAACCCCUGCUGGGUUGUGGUGAAGUGCGGGGUUGCCUCUGGCUGGUGCUGAUGGAGCUCUCAGGCAGUGAGCCGCAGCCACGGGGUGAUAGUCGAAUGCAGGAGCUGACCUCCCUGGUUCAGAAAGUGACCCAGAGCAGCAGCUGGUGGCAGAGGCAUGGUGUGGACUGGGCCUGGCUCAUCCUGGCACUGAGUGUCAGCCCGGCAGGGUUCAUGCUUCUGCAGUCGGAACGGUGGCUCCCUCUCUGUCUGGGAAUCCUGCUCCUGGGCACAGCUCACACUGUUGUCUCAGUGAAAGGGAGUCACUUGGCCAGUCACAGCUCGCUGAGCCAAUCACGCUUCUGGAACAAGCUGUGGGCUGUGCUGUUUAUUGAGGUCUGUGGAUCGUUCACUGCAGAGGUGGGCACCCAUCAGCAUGUAAAGCUGCACCAUGCCUACACCAAUGUCAUUGGCCUGGGCGACUCCAGCACCUGGAAGGCCCCUUUCUUCCCACGUUAUAUCUACCUGUUCAUCCUGCCCCUGGCAGUGCCUGUCAUCACACCGAUCGUGGCAAUGGGGUUGAUCCAGGAUCUACCAGCUCUCAUUGUCCUGAGGACUGUCUCUACCAUCUCGCUGGGCGUGUGUUUGCACUGCUGGUUCCUGUUGAACGUGUCUGGUUUCCGCUCACUGCUCUCUGCAUUUCUCUGCAUGCUGUUGUACAAAGCCCUUUACUCCAUUCCGUAUAUACACGUCAAUAUAUUUCAGCAUAUCGGCUUGGCGAUGUUCUCCCUGGAUAAGAAGCCGAAGAGGAUCUACCAGAUGGCCUAUGGGGUGUUGAACCUGCCUCGGAAUCCGCUCCUGGACUGGUCAUUCGGACACUCGCUCAUCAACUGCCAUGUGGAGCACCAUCUGUUCCCGACAUUGUCCGACAACAUGUGCCUGAAGGUGAAGCCUAUUGUAUCGAACUACUUCAAGCAACACAACAUCCCUUAUAACGAGGACAGCUACCUGUCUCGCCUUCGCCUGUUCAUUGACAAGUACGAAGAGCUGAUGGUUGAUGCGCCCCAGCUGACUGAGUUAGUUGGGGUUCAGUGAGAGACUAUCACUGGUUCCAGUCCCAUCAGCAGUCAGCAACAACAUGAACACGCCAACAAUACUGCACCUCACCAAACUGGUUCAUGGGAGUUACACAGUUGCUUAAGUGGGACUUACAUUACUGUCUAAUAGGGAAUUACAAGAUUGUUCAAUGAGGAAUGAACUGUUUAAUGGGGAAUUUUAAAAAAUGGCUUGUGGAAA